AUGAGUUCAGUUGGGGCUCGGCAGUCCGAAGUGUCGGAACACCUGUCCCAAAGAGAACCCGGAAUACCAUCAGGUGCCAUGCCUCCUCGAUUAUCCUGGGGUUCCUUUGCUCCAGCACAGCCAAGCCAACAGUCUGGCGGCUCAAGGGGCCAGUGUGGUUGGAAUCUCACUGGAGCCUCCAGAAAUGUUACAGAAACCAGUCACCAGGCUCAGCCAGUUGGAGAACUUAGGUUUAUUAUGCCAGCGGAUGCAGAGGAGUUAACACUCCAAACUCUGAGCCCUAAACAAAGGGAUUACAGAGUUUUUAUAGACAGACUGUAG